GCUUAAAUAGUCUCUGGUGCACAGUACGGUCAACGCAAGCACACAACUCUGAAGCCAUCUUCUGACAUAUUUGAGGCUCCAGCGACUCAAUAAAUCCCCUCCGACACAAACAGCGUACUACGUAUACCGCAGCCGGCUGCAACAGCAACCCUCGUACCAGCUCCAGUCUUCUCACCUACAAUGGCUGCAGCCACUGGGGUAGAGGCCGCCGGUGAAGCUCCAAGCUUACGCCAAGGCAGCGUGAGCAGAGUCGAGAUUCGAGAUGACCAUGGAAGACGAAAGACAGUAGCUCUAGAAGAGCUGAAUGAAGCCGAUCAAGCACUGGCAGGGAAGUUUGGUUAUCAGCCGGUCUUUCAACGCGAAUUCGGCUACUUUUCAACCUUCUCUUUCGCCAUGAGUAUUUCGGGCAUCUUCUCAACAGUGACGACCACUUUCGUUUAUCCUCUAUACGCCGGUGGGGCAGCAUCGGUGGUAUGGUGUUGGCUCAUCUCUGGUGCAGGGUGUAUGUGUAUCGCCCUCUCGGUCGCGGAGCUCGUAUCGGCCUACCCUACCAGCGGCGGCUUGUACUAUACCAUAUCCCGCAUGGCCCCAGCACCUUGGGUCCCAAGUAUAAGCUGGAUCACUGCAUGGCUCAACCUACUCGGCCAGGUAGCCGGAGUCGCGUCGGCUGAGUACGGAGCUGCACAAAUGCUCCUCGCCGCUGUCUCGAUCGGUCAAGAUUUUCAGUGGCUCCCGACGACUGGCGCCACGAUCGGGGUCAUGGCUGGCUUGACAGUCGUAUGUGGACUGGUCAAUACUCUUCCGACAUAUUGGAUGGAAAAGAUAACCAAGUCAUACGUGGUCUUCCACCUUGCCGUGUUGAUUGCAUGCUGUAUCGCGUUGCUAGUCAAGACUGAAAACAAGCACGACGCGAAGUAUGUUUUCACCCACGUCGAUGACCCGGCGCCAUCAGGCUGGAAGCCGAUUGGUUGGUCUUUCCUAUUCGGCUUCCUGUCUGUUUCGUGGACUAUGACCGACUACGACGCCACUGCGCACAUUACCGAGGAAAUCAAGCAACCUGAGCUUAAAGCUCCCUGGGCAAUCUCGAUUGCGAUGGCGUGCACAUAUGUACUCGGCUUUCUAUUCAACAUUGUCCUUGUGUUCUGUAUGGGCGAUCCGACCGAACUGCUGUCCUCCCCAAUCGAACAACCCGUGGCUCAGCUAUAUUAUAACUCUCUUGGUAAGGCCGGAGCUAUAUUCUUCACCGUUUCGGCCUUCAUUAUCAUCGAGUUCUCCUGCUUUGCUGCCACUCAGUCACUAGCUCGAUCAGUAUUCGCCUUCUCGAGAUAUCGUCUCUUACCUCUACCGCAUAUUUGGACGCGAAUCAAUGAAACCACUAGGACGCCACUUUUUGCUGUCUGGAUAUCGACUUUGGCCUGCAUUGCUAUCAACUUGAUUGGGCUAGGAUCUUACGCCGCUAUAGCUGGCGUCUUCAGCAUCUGUGCGAUCGCGCUGGAUUGGUCAUACUGCAUUCCGAUCGUGUGUAAGCUGCUGUUCCACUCUUUCACACCUGGACCGUGGCACCUAGGGAAGUUCUCUACUCUGGUCAAUCUCUGGGCAUGCGCAUGGACCUUAUUUGUGAGCAUCAUUUUCCUGCUCCCCACUUACAUGCCUGUGACUGCGGCCGAUAUGAAUUAUGCCGUAGUAUUUCUGGUAUUCAUACUGCUGUGUGCAGCGGUCUCUUGGUACCUUGGGGGCAGGAAAUACUACGUUGGACCAGUCGUGGAGACCGAGAUUCAAGGCUUUAGCCCCGGUCCGGAAGGUCGAGUCUCAGGCGAUACUUCUGCUGUUGGAGAGUUGGAGUCUAGUGAGGUCAAAAAUAAGGCAUAAAUAAGGCUGAUGUCCAGUCUGUUUACAACACCAGGACUUGACAAAUGGAGAAUGGAAAAUUGAACACGGUCGCAAGGCAUCGCAGAAAGUGCCAUCACGAGGAAUGGCACAUUUGAGCGAGCAGACCGCAACUGUGUCUUAAUCACUAAAGCAGUGCAAUUGAGUAUUGAGAAACAUCCCAAUUGGAGGUGCAUGCUUUGGUAACU